AUGCAAUUCAGAGGCACACAAUUUCCGGGCGGUAAGAGGGACAGCUUCGAUCCCCAACCAGGAGUCCAGAAACAACCCUCGUUCGCUAAAUCAACAUCGUCUGCUUUGGAUCAAAUCGCAAGCAUGAUCCCUUCAGACAACCCGUAUGUCAUCAAAUUUGAAAAAUUCACCAAACAAGUGGACGAACUUAUCGACAACCACCUUGGUCCAGCCAAGCCGUACGUACCAUUCAUUGGGCGGUUCUUCAUUGUGGCCACAUUUUUCGAAGACUCGCUCCGGAUCAUGUCCCAGUGGAAGGAACAGGUGUACUACCUUGCCACGUACAGACAUCUAUACGAGUGGUUUGUGAGGGUGUUCUUGUUUGUCAACAUCAUCUCGAUGUUGGCAGGAGCUGUUCUCGUGGUUCUGAGAAAGAAACCAGAGAUCGCCACCGGUCUGUUGUCGUCGAUUGUUCUUCUGCAAGGGUUCGUCUACGGUCUCUUCUUUGAGCCAAUUUUUUUCCUGAGAAACGUUUCGGUGAUCGGAGGUCUGUUGCUGGCUCUUUCAGACUCCUUGGUCGUUGACAAGAGAUCCUUGCUGAUGCCAGGGCUGCCUUUGAUGGAGUCCAAGGACAACAAGAAAUAUUUCUUGCUUGUUGGUCGUAUCUUGCUGAUUGUGCUUUUCUUGGCCUUCACCAUGACCGUGAAAUGGAACCUGUUCACUUUCCUCGUUAUUGUGGUCGGUAUCGUCUCAUGUCUGUCGAUCGUCGUUGGUUACAAGACAAAAUUCAGCGCAUCUAUCCUGACUUUAUUGCUCACAGUCUUCAACAUCACCACAAACCACUACUGGACAUACGGAUACAAAGACACCAGAAGAGAUUACCUCAGAUACGAGUUCUUCCAAACACUCAGUAUUGUUGGUGGACUGCUCUUGAUUGUGGACACCGGUGCUGGAGAGUUGUCGGUCGUAUUUUUGGGAUCUUUGAUCGGUCCACACACCCCAGUAUCUCUCGGCGGAGGAGUCGGAAGUGUCUGGCUUCCAAGACUCGUCAAAGGCCUCAAAGACGUAGGUGUUAACACCCCAUCCUCUCAUAGCACAGACAGCUUGUUUCCAGAAUUGCUCGGCGUUGUCAACAGAUGGCUGAGCAGAUUCGUAGUUGUCUCCCUCGGUAGGCCAUCCGGUCUCACCAACCCAGAAGUCAAUGUCGGUAGAACCCUUGGUGGUUUGGAUGGUCUGCAGAGCUUGCAUGAUGUCAUCGAAGAAAGAAAACGAAGCGUUGUUCAUGGCCUGUCCUUGCCAGUAAGAGAAGGCAUUGGCGUAGAUAACGUCGGCGGUCUUGAUGACAUCGGCGUUAGCACCGUCAACAAGAACGUUCCACGAGUCAACAGUUCCGACAGGAACGUCGCUGUAAGAGUCACCGUUCUUGUCCUUGAUUCCGGACAAGAGCUUCUUGAUCUCGGAAAUGUCGUUGGCCAGCUCGGAGGCAGUCAGGUCACCUCUGUAAAGAGCUUCCGAUCCAACGGUGAAGGCCUUGAUGGUGCUCUUCGAGAUGUUUGGCAAAUACGAAGAAAGAGCCUCCUUCUCAGCAGUGAAAGUGGAGUCUGGAGUUGGCCAGAUACCCAAGGUGAUGGUGAAACCUUUGUCUUCGGCAACAGGUCCCAGAAUCUGCAGAGUGUUACAAGAUGCAACAGCGUAAGUCUUGAUGGUCUGAGCUUGACCGGACAGAGUGUCCAAAUCGGACUCGUAAUCAGAGGCGGUCUUACAAGAGCCGUCGUUGGCUUGGACUCCCAAGUUGAAACCCAACUAUAG